AUGGCUACAACAGCAGGGGAGAUCCUGGGAUUGGAUUGGUUUGCUAUCCAGCUUUCCAAUUCUUUCUGGUUCGCUCCUGGAUUCCUCACUCGUCGAACUGUUGCUAAGCGGUUUUUACACCAGGUAUCAAUUCGGCUGAAUCAGAUGUUGCUUGGACUCUCAAGAUGUGCAUGCGCCUGUGUUUGCCUCAGACUAAGGGUCACAGGGACUCUCCACGAAGACUGCCCUAGAGGGAUGUGGUCUUGUCAGGUUAACAGUGCUAGAUGA